AUGGCUGUAGAUGCCGCCUCCAGUUUCAGUUUUUGCCGGCCAGCUGUGGAGUACAAGGCUCUCCCCGAAGACUUCAAGUACCAGCUGAGCCGCUGCACGGGCGGAAAUCUGACCUGGCACGAGGGUCGCGGCCAGAGGACGGCGGGCGGACGCACCGUGAAGCUGCUUCAGCAGCCAGGGACAGAGGGUCUGCAGUUCCGCUCUGGCGACUCGUACUCUGUGUAUCACACCAGUCCCACUCUGCCCAGUCUCUCUCGUCCUGUUGUGUUGUGGUCCCAGCAAGACGUCUGCAAGUGGCUGAAGAAACACUGUCCGCACAAUUACCUAACUUACGUUGAGGCCUUCUCUCACCACGCCAUCACAGGACGGGCCCUGUUAAGGCUGAAUGGUGAAAAGCUGGAGAGAAUGGGUUUGGUUCAGGAGACCCUAAGGCAAGAGCUUCUCCAGCAAGUGCUACAGUUACAAGUUCAGGAGGAGGGACGCAACCUUCAGCUGCUCAGCCAAGGUUCGUUUGGGAACCUGUCAUAG